AUGUCAAGACCCUCAAUACUCAUCAAGGACUUGGAGAAAGGGAAACAGGUUUGGAAAAUGCUCAUUAGAGUUGUUGAUCUUUGGAUUGUGAAGGAGAAAAGUGGACUGCAACAUUUCGAAUUGGUGAUUCAAGACUCACAGGGUGAUCAAAUCCAUGUCACAACUAGGAACUGUGAGUUUAAAGACUAG